UAAAGUCGAAAUAUGACGUUAGCAUUUACUGUACUAGUAGUUAGCAUUUACGUUAGCAUUUACUAUGUACUUGCGUGUAUCGUAAUAAACUAAUGUUACGAAUGAUACAUAUGUUACGAACCGGGGUUUUCUACAAAGAUCUUUCUACCGAGCUUUUUUUCUAGGCUUAUUACCGCUUAUAGUCCAAGGAUGAUGACUUCAAUCUGUCUCAACCUUUCAGUAUCGUUUCAGUAUGUUAUCCGUUAUCGAUCAAUCGUAUAAUUCAUAUUAAUUUAUUAUGGACGGAUUUAAAUGGACAGAAAAGGAGGAUACUGGAUCGUCUAGUAGUUCUGACUCCGAACGGUCUUCCCGUAAGCGAAAGCAUAAGCAUGAGAAGGAAAAGAAAUCAAAGAAGCCCAAGAAGGAAAGGAAGCAUCGACGAGAAAGCAGAGAGAAAACACCAGACGUCGAUGUUCCGCAGCCUUCCACUUCGGAACAGCUGAACACGGACCGCAAAACGGGACGCGAUGAAUGGAUGGGAAACUCCGAAUCUGCAUUUCUUUUCCCAUCUGUAUCUGCUAGUGAACUUAAACAACAAUCGAGAGAUGCGAAAGCAGCUGCCAAAGCCGCGCAGCAGGAGGAGACAGCCAAGAUUUACCGUUCUCGUGAACUGAACCCGUACUUGCGGGAAAAGGAUGAGAAGAGCGAGAAGCUUGCGGAACCAGUCGUACGGAAACCUGUGGGAGAUGGCGGAGCUUCUUGGUUGAAGCGUUCUUAUGAACGCUUAAAGGAACAGGCUCGGGAAAGCGGAGAAUCAGUGGAGAUUCUCGCAGCUGAACGAUGGGGUUCGCUUGAUCGGUUGGUGUCCCUUAUCGACGAAGCUGACAAAAACGAGCGCAGCGAACACAGAAGACCGCGGGACUACCGUUCGGAGAGACACGAAUGCAGGGAUGGACGACCGAGGCAUCGUCACACAGACCGUGACAGCAGGAAGACUGAAGAGGAAAACCGGACAGAUGAAGACUCUACACGUUCACCGCGGUCGAAGCGUCCGGAACGUCCUUCGUUCGACACUGCUCCCGCUGCCAAAUUUAAAUUUAUUAAACCCGGUGAAGAGCCGUCAGCGGAGUGGAAAAACAGAGAUAGGCCAAGCCAUUCUUCGUCUUAUUCAUCAAAAAGUAAACUGAAAAGUGAAUCGGUGGACCAGAGUAAUACAGUGCCUACCAUGCCGAGUGGUUCAUUUGCAGCGGAAGUUCAGAAGAAUGUAGCGCAUGCUGUGGAAAAUAACACUGAUGUUGGCACAAAUAUCAGCCAGGCCGAUCUGAACAAACUGAACGCACAAAUACUCAGAGCUGAAAUGAUGGGGGAUUCCGAAACAGUUGCGCAAUUAAAGGCUAAGAUCGCCGCGGCGCAAUCAUCACAAGCGACGCUUGGUGAAGCGAGAAGACCGGAAACAGUGAUGCUUUCGCGAACGCAUGCCAAAGGAUUCAGCUAUCCCGUCCAGAGCGGACCGGAAUUCCCACUGAAGGGCAAAAAACCGAAAACAGUCAGCCACAACGCCAAAGGCGAGCGAGAACGGUAUUUUGCUGACGAUGAGAAGUAUUCCUUGCAAGAUCUGGUCUCCAUGGAACGAAUGCAGAGUGCCGACGACCAGAAUGCCAUGUUUGCCAGACUGGCAGGAACUUCGAAAGAGAAGACCGACGAUGAUUACGGAGUGGACGAUGCCUUGAUGAAGAAAGCUUUAGGAAAGGAAACUCUGGAUCAGAUGUCCACCCGAGAUCGUGAAAGAGCCAUUAUGGAACACCGGCAGUUGGGUUCCGCGUUGUCAUCUUGUCUGUAUUGCCUGGAAGGGCCGAAAGUAGCCAAACACCUCGUGAUUAGCAUUGGUCACAAAGCGUUAUUGAUGUUACCGCCGUACACACCGUUAACAGAAGGUCAUUGUCUCAUUUGCCCAAUCCAGCAUGUUUCCUGCGCGACACAGGUGGAUGAAGAUGUUUGGGAAGAGAUGCAGAAGUUCCGCUCAGCUGUCUGCCGUAUGUUCGCAGAGCACGAAAUGGAUUGCGUAUUCAUGGAAACUGCUACGCGCCUCAAGUCGCAUCCGCAUAUGCAGAUCGAAUGCAUUCCGCUGGAUAAGGACAACGGCAGCUUGGCUCCAAUGUAUUUCAGAAAGGCUAUUCUCGAAGCGGAAGGAGAAUGGACACAGAAUAAGAAGCUGGUCGAUCUUAGCCGGAAAGGCAUCCGGUCAUCGGUUCCGAAAGGUUUGCCAUACUUCGCAGUAGAUUUCGGAAUGCAAGGCGGAUAUGCACAUGUGAUUGAGAAUGAACAGAAAUUCCCUGUAUACUUUGGAAAGGAAGUGCUUGGAGGUAUGAUAGAUGUGGAGCCUCGAUUGUGGUUGAAAAAUAUCCCACAAGAUUUUAAUGAGCAGUUGAAGAACGUUAAUAAGUUCGAAAACAUGUGGAGGCAGUACGACUUUACCACCGCUAGAAGUGAUGGAUAAACAGUCUGAUCAAUUACUGUUAGUUGUUCUCAGUACCAAUAUGUAGAAAGUCGUUUGAUUUUGAAUGCUGCUGUUUUAACUUACGUCAUUAAUAUUGGCGUUUUUGUAAUCUUUGUGAACGAUUCAAGAAAUGUCUAUCGGCCGCUGUGCACUGUUAUCAGUGUCUAGUAAAGUGAGUGUCUCCACUUAAAAUAGUUGGAACUUGUAACAGUAACAA